AUGGGGCAAAUCGAUUGGGGUAGCAUCAUAGUUGGCUCCAUUAUCAACCAAUCGAUUAGUGUAAUGAUGAUGUUCGUGCAUCCUGGUUCACUCUGGAAAAGAAACGGCGAACCCAGCUAUAAGACGCAGGUCUUUGUUCUCGCAGGCGUCCAGGGGGAUGCCGCCGGAGCUGGGAAUACAACCGGCGGCUACGCACCUGACGUCGAAGUCUACGACAUGUACGGCUAUAAACCUGCUGAACGCCAAAAGGGAAAGAUGAUCAAGGAUGGCGAGUUCUACGAGUACAACCUGCCAAACUGGUCCGGUGAUGAAGAGCAUGGGCCUUCGACUCGGCCGCCGGAGUACAUUUCUCUCUUCGCAUACACCAAAGAUCCUAUCUGUAUCAGUCUUAUCGCCGUGAAGCCUCCUGAUCCUGACGGCCCAGAGUAUUAUAUAACCGGCGACAUUAUGCAUCAGUGUGGUUGGGACACUUACUGGCCCCAGACCAAAGUGUACGUGGGAAAGAAGGCUCUCCCGGUUCCUCCACAUUGUUUCUGGAUGGGCGGCGAUUUUCUAGAUUUGAGGUUUCCCAACAAGGUGCAGAUUCAUCUACCGUCAUUUUCAGGAGAUCUAAAAGAUAACACCACUAUUGAAGCCUACAACAAGGAUAUCAAGACGCUUUGCAAUUCGGAGCCACGCAUGUACAGGUAUUGGGGAAAUGGGCACGAUACUAAAGCCCUAGUAUUCGAACGAGUCAGUCAGACUAUCCCCUCCGCAGCACCACAAGCUCCGUUAACGUUCCCAAACGCAAGUGGAGACAAGCUGCCAACAUGGGAUGAUCCUGACUCCCUUUUCAGUGCCAGCAAGUGGAGGUGGGCAACCACAGAGACACACGAGCGUGGUUAUAUUUGGGACCGUAAGACUGACCGGUGGGACUUGCAGUUCCCCGUAAGCUUGCAGGAGCCCCUCUUUCAACAAACUCGGGAGAAAUCCCCCUUGGACGCCAAAUAUCUGGUGGAACUCGACGAUAAUCCGGACCCAAAGCUUCUCAGGCCCUGGGACUUCAUGACGGAGGAGCAGAAAGAGUCGAAACCGUGGAAACGCCAAGCAAGUGCACAACCUCGAGACCGCUCCCGACGAGACACCUUAGGAUAUUUCUCCAGCCGCUGGACCCAUACGAAAAGUUCAGACCUGCGGUACCGUGCCGAUCAUGUUUGUCAGCAGAACAACUUGGUUGGUCCCGACAUUGCAAAUUCCUACGAGCGAAAGUACUGUCGUCUCAGCGAUCAGAGAGUGUUCCCGUACUGCGAGGCAGAUGAGGACAUUGAGUGCUUCGAUUUUGAGGCAGGCGCGGUACGUGUCAGAACAUCACGCAUCUUGGGCUCUAUCGCAGACACGGAUUCGCCUACUCCUCGAAAAAGGAUCGACGCAGAAUGGUAG